GCUGGCAGUCCCGCGAAAACCAUGGCUGGAGGCCUGUGGGGUAUCUGGGUGGUGCUGCUCGGCCCGCUUCUUUGGGGCUGCGGGCUGGCGCUGCAGGGCGGGAUGUUGUACCCCCGGGAGAGUGCGUCGCGGGAGCGCAAGGAGCUCAAUGGCCUCUGGAGCUUCCGCGCCGACUUCUCCGACAGUCGGCACCAGGGCUUCGAGCGGCAAUGGUACCGCACGCCGCUGAGGGAGUCGGGCCCUACCCUGGACAUGCCUGUUCCCUCCAGCUUCAAUGACGUGGGCCAGAAUGAGCAGCUGCGUAGCUUUAUCGGCUGGGUGUGGUAUGAACGGGAGGUGAUCCUGCCCCAGCGAUGGACCCAGGACCUGGACACAAGAGUGGUGCUAAGGAUUGGCAGUGCCGUCUACUAUACUAUUGUGUGGGUGAAUGGGGUCCAUGUGGCAGAGCACAAGGGGGGCCAUCUUCCAUUCGAGGCUGACAUCAGCAAGCUGGUCCAGAGUGGGCCCCUGUCUUCCUGCCGCAUUACCAUCGCCAUCAACAACACACUCACCCCCAACACCCUGCCGCCAGGGACCAUCACCUACGAGACGGAUACCUCCAAGUACCCCAAGGGCUACUUUGUCCAGAACACACAGUUUGACUUCUUCAAUUACGCGGGACUGCACCGGCCUGUGCUCCUCUACACGACGCCCACUACCUACAUUGAUGAUAUCGCCGUCACCACCAACGUGGACCAAGACACUGGGCUGGUGUAUUACCAGAUUUUUGUCCAGGGCAAUGACCACUUCCAGCUGGAAGUGCAUCUUCUGGAUGAGGAAGGCAAGGUCGUGGCCCAGGGGACUGGAGGCCAGGGCCAGCUGCGGGUGCCCAAUGCCCACCUCUGGUGGCCGUACCUGAUGCACGAACACCCUGCCUACCUGUACUCGUUGGAGGUGAGGCUGACCGCACAGACGGCAGCUGGGCCUGUGUCUGACUUCUACACUCUCCCUGUGGGGAUUCGCACUGUGGCUGUCACAAAGAACCAGUUCCUCAUUAAUGGGAAACCUUUCUAUUUCCAUGGAGUCAACAAACAUGAGGAUGCAGACAUUCGAGGGAAGGGCUUUGACUGGCCACUGCUGGUGAAGGACUUCAACCUGCUUCUGUGGCUUGGUGCCAAUUCCUUCCGUACCAGCCACUACCCCUAUGCGGAGGAGGUGAUGCAGCUCUGUGACCAGUAUGGGAUCGUGGUCAUUGAUGAGAGCCCUGCUGUAGGCAUCACGCUUGUCCAGAGCUACAACAAUGUGUCUCUGCAGCACCACCUGGAGGUGAUGGAGGAGCUGGUGCGCAGGGACAAGAAUCAUCCAGCUGUUGUGAUGUGGUCUGUGGCCAAUGAGCCCACUUCCUUCCUGCAACCUGCAGGUUCCUACUUCAAGACACUGAUUGCCCACACGAAAGCUUUGGACCCCACCCGGCCCGUGACUUUUGUGACCAGAUCCAGCUAUGACACAGACCUGGGAGCCCCCUAUGUGGAUGUCAUCUGCGUGAACAGUUACUUUUCCUGGUAUCAUGACUUCGGGCACCUGGAGGUGAUUCAGCUGCAGCUGGCCACCCAGUUUGAGAACUGGUAUAGGACCUAUCAGAAGCCAAUUAUUCAGAGCGAGUAUGGAGCAGACGCCAUUGCAGGGCUUCACCACGAUCCACCUCUGAUGUUCAGUGAAGAGUACCAGAAAGUUCUGCUAGAGCAGUAUCAUUUGGUUCUGGAUCAAAAACGCAAAGACUAUGUGGUUGGAGAGCUCAUCUGGAAUUUUGCUGAUUUUAGGACUGACCAGUCACCACUGAGAGUACUAGGGAAUAAUAAGGGGAUCUUCACUCGCCAGAGACAACCAAAAAGUGCAGCAUUCCUUUUGCGAGAAAGAUACUGGAAACUUGCCAAUGAAACCGGGUACCACCCGUCAGCUGCAAGGUCACACACUGUGAGAAAGAGCCUGUUUGUAAAUUAAGAACAACCUCUUCACUGACACCAGCUGCCAGCCCAUCCUUCCCAAGGGACGACUUCUACAGCCAACAGAGUGCCUCCUGGACCGUGGGUGGCAGACCGGAAAGUUUCCUGUCUGAAUUUUGUAGUAAUUUGCUAGAAGGGAACAUGAGAGGUGAAAAUAAAGGCUUUUGCAAUAUGG